AUGUAGUGUACAGAAAAUCCUUUCUAUACUUUAUCGACUUUGUUACCAUCUUGCAAACUCCAUGAAAGUUUAUUUAAAUAUGUUCAGGGCUAAAAUAACAUCCAAGAAGAUGUUUCCAAAUUAUUUGAUCGCAAGGAAAAGCACUGUAAGAGGUGGAGAAAAAGCCCUUGAUUUGGACAGCCACGAUACCCUAAAUGGUUCAGUUUCUAGGGAUACUAAAUUUGCCGCUUCCAAGAGAGGAACUUUCUUUCAAGAGGCGCCAAGGUUUGGAAAUCAAUUCAAAGGAGAUCCAUUUCUGCAAUCUUACUUGAAAAGAGUCCUUCCAUAUGAGGUUUUACAAGAAAUCUUACCAGACUUACAACACUUUGGCCACAGAGUGGCCACUGAUAUAAACUCUAUGGGAAGAGAAUGUGAGCUGCAGCCACCAAAACUUGAACACUUUGAUGCUUGGGGACAAAGGGUGGACAAUAUUCAGACCUGCCAGGGGUGGAGACAGUUACAUGAUGUGUCAGCUGAAGAAGGAUUGAUAUCUAUUCCUUAUGAAAGAAAGUAUGGACAGUGGAGCCGUAUCUACCAAGCUGCAAAACUUUUUUUGUUUUCCCCUUCAUCUGGUUUGUAUUCUUGUCCAUUAGCCAUGACAGAUGGAGCAGCUAAGAGUAUCAAGGUGUCAACUAUGACAGAGAAGCCUAGUGUCCUUAAAGAUGCUUACAGUCGUUUGACCAGCAGAGAUCCAAAGAAAUUCUGGACAUCUGGUCAGUGGAUGACAGAAAGGAAAGGGGGCUCAGAUGUUGCAAAUGGUACAGAGACACUAGCUGUUCCCCAAGAAGAUGGCACCUACAGACUGUAUGGGUAUAAGUGGUUCAGUUCAGCUACUGAUGCCAACAUGACACUCACUUUAGCAAGAGUACAAAAUCCUGAUGGAUCUAUUGUACCUGGCACCAAAGGUAUUUCAAUGUUUUACAUGCAGACUCGCAAUCAAGAUGGCAAAUUGAACCAUAUCGAAGUUCAGAGGUUGAAAAAUAAAUUGGGUACCAAGCAGCUUCCCACAGCUGAGCUCCUUCUUCAUGGAUCACUAGCGUACAAGAUGUCUGAUGAGGGUCGUGGAGUGCCUUGUAUAUCUGACAUGUUAACAAUAACCCGCUUUCACAACAGCAUUUCUGCUGCAGGUGUUAUGAGGAGAAUUAUGUCCCUAGCUCAAGAUUAUUGUUUGAGGCGAUCAGUGUUUGGUAAACUACUGGUGGAACAUCCUCUCCAUAUGCAGACGCUUGCUAGAAUAGAGUUGAAGACCCGUGCGGCCUUCCUACUCACAAUGGAAAUUGCCCAUCUGCUUGGUAAACAAGAUUGUAACGAGGCAUCAGAUGUAGAGACACGGCUGUUGAGACUUCUUACGCCGAUCACAAAACUGUACACAGCUAAACAGGCCAUGCAUGUUACCUCGGAAGGUGUGGAGAGCUUCGGUGGUCAAGGGUAUAUAGAAGACACAGGGAUACCAGGCUUGAUGAGGGAUGCUCAGGUUUUACCCAUCUGGGAAGGAACGACGAAUGUUCUGUCACUAGAUGUACUUCGAUCCAUUUCUAAAAGUGAAGGACAGGUACUGAAGGCUUUUCACGCGAACGUUACCGACAAGUUAUCCAGGGCGUGCGCGUCUCGUCCAGCUCUAAAAGUUAUAUCAGAGAAAGUGCAAUCCUCCAUGAACACCUUGUUGUCUCCGAAAAACUACGAGCUUCUCUCUGAUUCGUUGCCUGCACGAGAUCUCGCCUUCAGCCUGGCAAGAAUAUACAUGGCGUCUCUAUUAAUAGAGCAUGCUUCCUGGGAGGAGGCUGAAGAACAGGACAUCGAAGCUGCCAAAAGGUGGUGUCAGCAAGACUUGACCCCAGUCCUCACUCAACUCAGACACAACGCGUACGAUGCAAAAAGCUCUGCCUGUGACCUGGCACUAGUUAUGAAGGGACAUCCAGAUUUCACAAGAACAUAAAACUUGACAGUCAUUUAGAAAGUCCUACACGCCAGCUGCUGGAAAAAGGUUUUCAGUCACUAAUUCAAUGACAGAAUUUGUCGGGGAAACAAGAUAUGAUUUUCUGGAUUGCUUGUUUUCAUCAGAGAGACAGAGACUCAAAAAAACAAGCAAAAUUAUAUUAUAUAUGCAAGACGAGUUAGUCCGUGCAGAAGGGUUCAAGGAGUAAGGAAAUGAAAAUUGCCUAACAAAGGUGACAGUACAGUAAGCCACAAAAAUGUAAAGGUAAAAAAUGAUCAUGAAAACUGGUCUGGUUAGGGAACAGAAUGCGCACCAAAGCGGGUGUUGUGGUGACACUUUUAGUCUUUUGUGUUCUACAAAAAGAUGCAAAAGUAAACCAUCAAAUAAGCUGGUCAGCAGUUUCGGCCCGAGCAGGUCUUAUUACCGUGACAUAGCUGAUCAGCCAAUGAUUAAAAGACUUAAAAGAAUAUCGAUUAUUUUUAAAACCGGAUUUUGAAGUCAGUAUUUUAAUCCAUCUUCAUCCUCCCAUACUUGUUAUACGUACAUUGGGUAUAUUUACAUCUCUGCAAAAUAAUUGUAGAUAUCAUUAUCAUCUCAUUAAAUUAUCUUGUGAAUCUUA